UUCCUCGUGACGGACCCUCUCUCUUCUCCCUCUCCCUCUUUCCGUCUCUCGGUCUCUUGCCAAUUACUGUCCGGCUUCUCCGCUGUCUCUGCCGAUGCUACUUGGUCGUCGUCGAUCCCUGUAACACAACCGGCCCCUCCGUCCCGCUCGCUGCUCAGUACCUUUCCCGUCCUCGUAAUCCCGACUGUAGCCAUACACAUCAUACACAUCUCUGUUCACAAUGCCCUCACCAGCUUUGUGUGCGCGCUCGUUGCGUGCCUAUGCCCGCCAUGGCUCUAACCACACUGCCAUCUUGGCCCGCGCAUUCUCUGCGACGGCGCGGAGGCCGGAAAUCAACAAGGUCUACCCUUCAGCUACCGAGGCUCUCAAGGACAUGAAGCCCGACUCCACACUCCUCUGCGGUGGCUUCGGACUCUGCGGUGUCCCCGAUACCCUCAUUGACGAGGUACUGAAGAAGCCCGAGAUCACCGGCAUCACUGCAGUCUCCAACAACGCCGGCACCGACACCUCCGGCCUCGGCAAGCUGCUGAAGACGAAGCAGAUCAAGAAGAUGGUUGCCAGCUACAUUGGCGAGAACAAGACGUUUGAGAAGAUGUACCUGACCGGCGAGGUCGAGCUCGAGCUGACCCCCCAGGGCACCCUCGCCGAGCGCUGCGCCGCCGGCGGCAAGGGCAUUCCCGCCUUCUACACCCCGGCCGCCUUCGGCACCGUCGUACAGACGGGCGAGCUGCCCCUUCGCAACAAGCCCGACGGUUCGGCCGACCAGUUCUCCUACCCCAAAGACGUCAAGGUCUUCAACGGCAAGUCUUACCUUCUCGAGCACAGCAUCGCCGGCGACUACGCCUUCGUCAAAGCCUACAAGGCCGACAAGCUCGGAAACUGCCAGUUCCGCCUUGCCGCCAACAACUUCAACGGCGCCAUGGGCCGCAACGCCAAGAUGACCAUCGUCGAGGCCGAGCACAUUGUCGAGCCCGGUGAGAUCUCCCCCGAGGCCGUCCACCUGCCCGGCAUCUAUGUGAAGCGCGUCAUUCAAAGCACGAGCGAGAAGAACAUUGAGAAGUACACCUUUGCCAAGGAUGAGAACGACGCAGACGCCAAGAAGGCCCUCGGCACCGGCGACACCGCCGCCAAGCGCGAGCGCAUUGUUCGCCGCGCCGCAAAGGAGUUCAAGAACGGCAUGUACGCCAACCUUGGCAUCGGCAUGCCCAUGUUGGCCCCGGGCUUCGUCGGCCCCGAGGUUGAGGUCCAGCUGCAGUCCGAGAACGGUAUCCUCGGCCUGGGCCCCUACCCCAAGAAGGGCGACGAGGACGCUGACCUCAUCAACGCCGGCAAGGAGACCGUCACGCUUAAGCCCGGCGCCUCCGUCUUUGGUAGCGAGGAGAGCUUCGGCAUGAUCCGCAGCGGCCGCAUCAACCUUACCAUCCUCGGCGCCAUGCAGGUUAGCGCCAACGGCGACCUCGCCAACUGGAUGUUGCCUGGUAAGGUCAAGGGCUUCGGUGGGGCCAUGGACCUCGUCAGCAACCCCAGCGCGACCAAGGUCGUCGUUACGAUGGAGCACACGGAUAAGAAGGGCAAUGCCAAGAUCGUCAAGCAGUGCGCCUUCCCCCUGACCGGCAGAGCCUGCGUCUCAAGGAUCAUUACUGAAUUGGGUGUCUUCGAUGUCGACUUCGCCCAUGGCCUGACCCUUAUCGAGAUCGCGGACGGCGUGACGGUGGAUGAGAUUAAGAGCAAGACCGAGGCGCCAUUCACGGUUGCCGACGACCUGAAGCCCAUGUUGUAAGGUAUAACGUGGAGAACAUCCUGGAGGCUGAUCGUCUGGAGGAAGGAGGUAUAUACCCGAUGCGGAGGGUAAGCUGUUGUCACCAUCUAGAGUACGGCGUCAAGCUGGUGGGCCAAAAUGAUAGCCAUGAUUUUGUUCGGUUUUUCCAUAGGUAACCCCAAGUUGUUGUUAAAUCUGUCCAUUCGGUUUUCCGGCCAUUCCCACAGUUUCGUAUGCGAGGUUUCAUAACGCCGUUUUCUCCAUGUGUUUCCCUCUAUGAACAUUCCCAUGAUGUCGUACCGUUACAGCCACCCUAUGGUCUCGUCGACGUUUU